UCAGGGGGCGUGUCCUCCCCCGGAAAUGGGAAUAAUCCCCACCCCCUGGCGGGGCGAAGCUGCCUGCGAAGUUCGACAUGAGUGUCCUAGCGAGGGUUGCCGCCGGGCGCCUGGCAGCUGCUCGAGCGGUCAUUCCUUGUCUUUGGAGAGGGCAGUACUUCAGCUCCGGGAAAGAGCCGGCAGAAGACAACUCAGUGACUCCUAUGCUUAGGCAUCUUAUAUACAAAAUCAAGUCCACUGGUCCCAUCACUGUGGCCGAGUACAUGAGGGAGGUCUUGACCAACCCCGCCAAGGGAUAUUACGUGACUCGUGACAUGCUAGGAGAAAAAGGAGAUUUCAUUACUUCACCUGAAAUAAGUCAGAUCUUUGGGGAGCUCCUAGGGAUAUGGUUCAUCAGUGAAUGGAUAGCCACUGGGAAAAAUGCAGCGUUCCAACUGGUGGAACUGGGCCCAGGCAGGGGAACCCUCUCAGGAGAUAUUUUGAGGGUGUUCAGUCAGCUUGGAUCUGUGCUGAAAAACUGUGACAUUUCAAUACAUCUGGUAGAGGUGAGCCAAAAAUUAAGUGAGAUUCAAGCAUUAACACUGACUGAAGAGAAGGUCCCGUUAGAGCGAGAAGCUGGAUCCCCAGUAUACAUGAAAGGUGUCACGAAGUCUGGAAUUCCAAUUUCCUGGUACCGAGAUCUGCAAGAUGUUCCAAAAGGGUACAGCUUUUAUCUUGCGCAUGAAUUUUUUGACGUUCUUCCUGUGCAUAAGUUUCAGAAAACACCACAAGGAUGGCGAGAAGUGCUCAUUGAUAUUGAUCCACAAGUUUCUGAUAAACUGAGAUUUGUUUUGGCGCCUUGUGCCACCCCAGCAGAAGCCUUCAUACAAAAGGAUGAAACAAGGGAUCACGUGGAAGUAUGUCCUGAUGCUGGUGUUAUUAUUCAAGAACUUGCCCAACGCAUUUCACUAACUGGGGGUGCUGCUCUGAUCGCUGAUUAUGGUCAUGAUGGAACUAAGACAGAUACCUUCAGAGGGUUUUGUGGCCACCAGCUUCAUGAUGUCUUAAUUGCCCCGGGAACAGCAGACCUAACAGCCGAUGUGGACUUCAGUUACUUGCGCAGAAUGUCCCAGGGGAAGGUAGCUUCUCUGGGUCCAAUAAGUCAGCAAACAUUUUUAAGAAAUAUGGGCAUUGAUGUGAGGCUGAAGAUUCUCUUAGAUAAAUCAGAUGAGCCAUCACUGAGGGAGCAGUUACUUCAGGGGUACCGUAUGUUAAUGAAUCCUGAGAAGAUGGGAGAAAGAUUUAACUUUUUUGCCUUGGUACCUCAUCAGAGACUUCAUGGUAGACAUCAUCAGAUGAAUGCAUGUCAGUCAAAACCCUCUCCAUCACCUGUAGCUGGGUUUGGUGAACUCGUUUGGAGGUGAUAUUUCAGUUUGAAUUUUUCACCCUCAAGUCGGCCUAAGAGUCUAGAAUAAAGGGAACAUUUUAUAUAUCACAGAUGACAAUCUACAGAGAACAACACUUAUGCAGCAAAAUAUCGGUCCAUAACAUGAAAUCCUUCCUUAAUGAAGUUAUUAGCUCAUUGAUAAUUAAGGAUCUUCUUCCAUGUCAUCUGGAUUGGGAGCCAUAAUGAAGUGCUUUGGGUAUACAAGGUUGUGUGUGUAAGCAUGUAUUUCCCAACGGGCAUCAUCACUUUCGUGUGUAAUGUAACGUUCACCAAUGCGAGUUUCAAAUUCUCUAAGGUCAAGCCAAGUCUGAUAGUCCUAGAAAAAAAAGGAAAGUGUUUGUGAACCAUGAAAGAAACAAAAUACUGUCAACCUUUUUUUUUUUUUUUCCUCAGUACUCUAGUCAUAAUUGACAACCCCUACUCCUAAGUACGUACUGUAAGUAAGUUCUAUUUGUAAUAUUUUAAGUUAGCAAUGUUCAGAGUUACUGUCUUGGUGCAGCAGAAAUGAAUCUGACUAGCAUCCCUUAGGAGGCAGGUUCAAUCCCUGGCCUCACUCAGUGGGUUAAGGAUCCAGCAUUGCCAUGAGUUGUGGUGUAGGUCACAGACGUGGCUCAGAUCCCAAGUUGCUGUGGUUGUGGUGAAUAGGCUGGCAGCUGUAGCUCGAUUCAGCCCCUAGCCUGGGAACCUCGGUAUGCCGUGGGUGCAACCCUAAAAAGACCAAAAAAAAAAAAAAAAAAAAAAAAAAAAAGGCAGUGUUAAAGAUACUUUUUCACGUUAAAUGAAGAAAGUAGUUUCUAAAAUUAAGAAAACAUGUACUGCCUUAGGUAAUAACAACCACUAAACUAUUUUGUUUAUAUAAUGAGAGGCCUAUACCUUACUCCUCAAAGUUAGGGAAAAUGUUUAGAAUGCAUUUUCAGGAUAAUUUAACAACUGCUGAGGCUUAGUACAGUUACAAUUGUUUCGAAGUUACCUCUAUCCCUCAUUCCCUUUAAAAUAGUUCUAAAGCUUUUUUCUUUACUUUGAAGCUUGUGGGGAUAUCUUUUGACAAGUCUGAUCUGGCAUAUCUGAUCUUGUCAAUGCAAACAAAUAAACAAAACCUUUUAGUGGACAUUAUAAAAGUAAAACAAAGCCAAACAAAAAAACAUGGAAGUUCCCAGGCUAGGGAUCAAAUCAGAGCUGCAGCUGCGGGCCUACAGCACACAGCAGUGACAGAUCCUUAAUGCACUGAGUGGGGCUAGUGAUCGAACCCUCGUCUUCAUGGAUACUAGUUGGGUUUGUUACAGCUAAGCCACAACGGGAACUCCAAAAGUAAAAUAUAUUUGACAACAUAAUGUGUCAUGCUCCUCUUACAAAAAGGUGAAGUAAACACUGUAAGGCCCUAUUUAAGACUAAAUUACUGCUUUCAGUUCUUUGGACUUUUAACUGCCUAUCACUUCUGCAUUUGAAUGGUAUCCCUGCAGCACUUGUAGAGAUUCAGCCACAGUACAAAUUAAUCACUGAAGAACAUUUACAUUAUUCUAAGACAUGUAGAAUCUGUUGAUCUUAAGAGUGAUUUCAUUAAGGAGUUCCUGUCAUGGUGCAGUGGAAACGAAUCUGACUAGGAACCAUGAGGUUGUUUGUGGGUUCGAUCUCUGGCCUUGCUCAGUGGGUUAAGGAUCCAGCGUUGCUGUAAGCUGUGGUGUAGGUUGCAGAUUCGGGCUCGGAUCCCCCGUUGCUGUGGCUCUAGCGUAGGCCAGAGGCUACAGCCCCAAUUCAACCCCUGGCCUGGGAACCUCCAUAGGCCGUGGGUGUGGCCCUAAAAAGACAAAAAAAAAAAAAAAAAAAAAAAAAAAGAGUCAUUUCAUUAAGUAAGACAGAUCACCAGGAACUGCUACAAUGAGGAUCACCAGAGAGAGAUGUUUUUGUUUUUGUUUUACCUGUAGCCAGGGAUGACUAAGAGAUUUGUCCACACUGUAACGUUUUCUCAUCUUCACUUGAAGUAGAUUAUUUAUCAAGUCAAUUGCUAAGGGAAAAGACAAAAUCAGUAGGUUAUUUAUCAAGUCAAUUGCUAAGGGAAAGGACAAAAUCAGAUAUAUGGAUUUGAGGGUGCAGAGCAUCCAAAAAGUGACUCUGCUUGGAAGGCAGCUCAAUCCAUAGGAAUAUAGGAUUCAGGAUUUUUUUGCUUCUCAAGUACAUGGCCUUUAAGCUAACAUGUUAGUGACCCAUAAAUGUUUAUUAAAUUUAUAGUGUAACUGAUUUAUUAAGGAGGCAGUAUAGAGUACAGACUAAAAGUACAGACUGGAGCCAGCAUGCCUGAGUUGAAGUCGUUCUUGCCAUUUGUGUGUGUGACAUGUGUGUGACAUAGGGUCACUUUCUAAGCUAUACUGUGCCUCAGUUUCCUCAUCUGUAAAACAAGGUUGUCAAGAAGAUGAAAUGGCUUAGAAUGGUGCUUAGCACAUAAGUGCUAAAUAUUAACUAUUAUUUUAAAAAAUUAAUUAAAACAGACUCUGAUUACAGGCUGA